UCUCUAUAUCCGUCCGAUUCUCUUCAGAUCAGACGGCUGUGACCACACUAAUCUAUUCCUUCCCAGAAUGACUCGCAAUUAGAUUCUUCCCAGUUCUGUAAAAUCCCAAGUCCCGCUCUUUUCCUGCUCUAUCCUCAUCACCAACUUCUGUAAAUCCAAACACUCUCUCUAUCUUUAAAGGAGAUUAGAAAAAGUACGAAAAUGCAGGAACAAGCGACUAGCUCUUUAGCUGCAAGCUCUUUACCAUCAAGCAGCGAGAGAUCAUCAAGCUCUGCUCCGCAUUUGGAGGUCAAAGAAGGAAUUGAAAGCGACGAGGAGAUACGGCGAGUGCCGGAGUUUGGAGGAGAAGCUGCCGGAAAGGAGACUUCCGGCCGGGAAUCUGGAUCGGCGACCGGUCAGGAGCGGACACAAAUAACGGUCGGAGAAAGUCAAAGGAAGCGAGGGAGGAGUCCGGCGGAGAAAGAGACGAAGCGGCUAAAGAGGUUGUUGAGGAAUAGAGUUUCAGCUCAGCAAGCAAGAGAGAGGAAAAAAGCUUACUUGAGUGAGUUGGAAAACAGAGUGAAAGACUUGGAGAACAAAAACUCUGAGCUUGAAGAAAGACUCUCUACUUUGCAGAACGAGAACCAGAUGCUUAGACAUAUUCUGAAGAACACAACAGGAAACAAGAGAGGAGGCGGUGGUUCUAACGCUGAUGCAAGCCUUUGAUCUUCUUGUUCAUGUUCUUGUGCUUUUUAUGUGGAUAACAUUUACAGGGAAUUGUAUUAAUAAAUAUUUAUAUUGCAUAAGAUAUGAGAGCUAAAAUCGCAAAAUUGUAGACAGAGUUCUCUUGUAGUCUUUUAGAUUUUCUUUUUCUUGGUCUGAUAGAUUUUCUUAAUUCAAAAGUUAACUUUUGUUGUAUGUCAAUGACGAUACAAAGUUGUGUGUUCGAUGUACGCCGGGCUCAAAACCCUGCAUUAAUUCUGCGAUCUUUAUUUUUCUGGAUAUUUUCACGCUUUGUCCCUAUGCCUUACGAUUUUGAAUGCUCGAUUUUACAGACAAGACGAUCGGCUUGAGGGCUGAACAUCCUUGUAAGUAUUUUGACACGUUUGCGUUCCUCUUUCGAAUCCAGGAAACUCGGUUUUUGAUCAAUGCUUACUUGAAUUAUUGCUUGAGUUGCUCUUGUAGGACCUCUCUGUUACUGUCGUCCUUGUAGUUUUCUGUGAGGAAAUAUCGAGGAAUUAGCUAGUUUCAACUUUCCAAGUCAACGGAGUCAACGUUCCGUGUUCGAUUUGGGCUCUUGGCUCUUCUGAGAAAACUCAGAUUCCAUGAGGAUAACGAAGAAAAGGAUUCUUCUUCGUCUUCUUCACCUUCAUCUUCUCUGUCUCCUUCACCAGUUCCUCCACUUUCUUCUCCUCGCAUCUGGACACAUCAUGUCUUUCCCAGCUUCCGCGGGGAAGAUGUCCGCAGAGACUUUCUCAGUCACAUUCAGUCGGAGUUUCAAAGAAAAGGAAUCACUCCUUUCAUUGAUAACGAGAUCAGAAGAGGAGAAUCUAUCGGUCCCGAGCUCAUCAGCGCGAUUAGAGGGUCUAAGAUCGCAGUUAUCUUGCUCUCAAGGAACUACGCUUCUUCAAAAUGGUGUCUUGAGGAGCUGGUUGAGAUUAUGAAGUGCAGAGAAGAGUUGGGUCAAACUGUGAUUCCCAUUUUCUAUAAAGUAGAUCCGUCUGAAGUUAAUAAGCUGCAAGGAGACUUUGGAAAAGUCUUUAGAAAAACUUGUGCUGGUAGAAGAAGGGAGGACACUGAGAGAUGGAGACAAGCUCUGUCAAAAGUGGCCACAAUCGCUGGUUAUCAUUCAAAUUCAAGCAACUGGGAUAAUGAAGCGGCCAUGAUCAAGCAAAUCGCCACUGAUAUUUCCAACAUGCUGAACAAUUUCACACCAUCAAGUGAUUUCGACGGGUUCGUUGGGAUGAGAGCUCAUUUGAAAAAGAUGGAACCGUUGUUAUGCCUAGAGUCAGAUGAGGUGAGGAUGAUUGGGAUUUGGGGUCCUCCUGGGAUUGGGAAGACCACAAUCGCUAGAGUCGCAUACAACCAACUCUCUGACGGAUUUCAACUGAGUGUCUUUAUGGAGGAUAUCAAAGCAAUCUAUACAAGACCUUGUUCCGAUGACUAUGGCGUUAAGUUGCAAUUACAACAACAGUUUAUGUCUCGAAUAACCAACCAUAAGGAUAUGGAGGUUCUUCAUUUGGGAGUUGCCUCAAAUAGGUUGAAAGACAAGAAAGUUCUUGUCGUUCUUGAUGGCGUGGACAAGUCAGUACAACUAGAUGCGAUGGCGAAAGAAACUUGGUGGUUUGGUCCUGGUAGUCGAAUUAUCAUUACAACACAAGAUCAAAGACUUUUUAGAGCACAUGGGAUUAACCAUAUUUACAAGGUGGAUUUUCCAUCAACUGAUGAAGCUCUUCAAAUCUUGUGCAUGUAUGCUUUUGGUCAAAAGUCCCCUAAAUAUGGUUUUGAGGAGCUUGCUCGGGAAGUUACACGACUUGCUGGUGAACUCCCUUUGGGGCUUAGGGUUAUGGGUUCCUACUUUCGGGGAAUGUCCAAGCAAGAGUGGAUAGAUUCACUACCAAGAUUGAAGAGUAGCCUAAACUCUGAUAUUCAAAGCAUUUUGAAGUUCAGCUAUGAUGCUUUAGAUGAUGAAGAUAAAUCUUUAUUUCUUCAUUUAGCCUGCUUGUUCAGCUAUGAAAGGGUUGACAAAGUUGAAGAGUAUCUUGCAAAGAAGUUCUUGGAAGUGAGGCAAAGACUUAACGUCUUAGCUGAGAAAUCUCUCAUAUCUAUUGACUUGGGAUAUAUAGAGAUGCACAGUUUGCUAGAAAAACUAGGUAGAGAAAUCGUUUGCAAACAAUCUAUUGAUGAGCCUGGACAGCGCCAGUUCCUGCACGAUGAAAGAGAGAUUUGUGAAGUACUGACUGGUGAUGCAAGAGGUAGUAAAAGUGUCAUUGGCAUAAGUUUCAACUACAACAAAAUGGGGAAAGAAUUAGAUAUAAGUGAGAAGGCCUUUGAAGGAAUGUCUAAUCUCCAAUUCUUAAGUUUCAGUGGUUAUGGCGGCAAUACAUUGCAAUUAUCGAGAGCUCUAAACUAUCUAUCUCGUAAACUCCGAUUGCUAGAUUGGAGUCGUUUUCCAAUGACAUGUUUGCCUUCUACUGUGAACUUGGAGUUCCUUGUCGAACUAGUCAUGUGUGAAAGCAAUCUUGAAAAGUUGUGGGAAGGAGUUAAACCGCUUCCAAGUCUAAAGUGGAUGGAUUUGAGUGAUUCUGUAAACUUGAAGGAGCUUCCUGACCUCUCAACUGCCACUAACCUUGAGGAAUUGAAUCUGAAUGGUUGCUCCAGCCUGGUGACACUCCCGUCCACUAAUGGGUAUAUUAAUAACCUUGAGAAACUGAAUCUUCACGGUUGCUCGAGUCUCAUCAAACUCCCUUCCUUUGAUGGAAAUGCCACUAGAAUCAAGAAAUUAGAUAUGGGUGGAUGCUCAAGUCUUGUGGAGUUUCCCUCCUUUAUCGGGAAUGCCGCUAAUCUCCGGAAACUGGAUCUGAGUGAAAUCCCAAAUCUGUUGGAGCUCCCGUCCUAUAUUGGGAAUGCCACCAAUCUUGAGAAGCUGGAUCUUAGUAAUUGCUCAAAUCUGGUGGAACUUCCUCUCUCUAUUGGAAACCUUCAGAAGUUGCGGACGUUGACAUUGAAAGGAUGCGGUAAGCUAGAGGCUCUUCCCACCGACAUCAACUUGGAAUCUUUGCAUGAACUUGAUCUCUGUGGAUGCUCCAAUUUGAAAAGUUUUCCUCAGAUCUCCACAAACAUUGGAAUUCUCGACCUCAGAGGAACUGCAAUAGAUGAAGUGCCGCCCUCGAUCAGGUCAUGGCCUCGUCUUGAGGAGUUGGGUAUGUCAUACUUUGAAAACCUCGAGGAAUUCCCUCAUGCUCUUGAAAGAAUCACAUGGCUGCACUCGAGCGAUACGGAAUUACAAGAGUUUCCUCCGUGGGUCAAGAAAUUCUCUCGUCUGGGUGAAUUCGUGCUCAGGGGAUGCCGAAAGUUGGUAUCACUCCCACCCAUUUCGGAUUCCAUCUAUCUCGUAGAUGCAAGAGAUUGCGAGUCCCUGGAGAGAAUAGAGUGCUCCUUUCACAGUCCAUAUGUUCGGCUCAAAUUUGACAACUGCUUCAAACUGAAUCAAGAGGCGAGAGACCUCGUCAUCAAGACUAGUGGAACAAGUGCGGUCUUACCAGGUGUACAAGACUGGUGGGGGUCCAUUGACUAUUAAGUUGAAUGAAAGGCCUCUUACUACAUCCAUGCGAUUUAAGGCUUGCAUCUUGCUGGUUUAUAAAGGUGACGAUGACGCUUGCUAUAAAGAGAACUCGACGGAAGUGGAUCUUACGUAUGGAAAUGGCAUGUAUGGUCAUGCUAUAUUCUCGCCUUUACCAGAGCAUCUGUACAUAUUCACAGUCAAACCGGAUGUGAUUUCCAGCGAGCAUCUCUUUGAGUUUAAGCUGGAAAGCGAUAACAUGUGGGAGAUAGGAGAAUGGGGGAUAGUCCAACUCUCGGAGUUCCCUUCGUGUUGAUGAACACGAUGAGAGCUUGAGCGGUGGCCAUGGCGAAUGCGAAACAUAGAAGUUCUCUCGCAGGAAUUCUUGUGUUGAACCACACGCGAUUUUGUCGGGAGGAGAUUGUUGACGUUUGUUCGUCUAAAGUCAUGGGAUGAUCUUCUUAAAGCAAUUGAAGAACCGGAUCCCAGAAGGUCAGCCGAGAUGAAAAGUUAAAGAAGGGUAAACGCUAUGUGAAAGUGGCUCAAGGCCUUUUGGUUUGGUACACUAAUACGUAACUCUUAGUACUCAAGAGAACUUCCGAUUCAUCAUGUGUCUGAUGUAUGUUCUUUGUACCGGUCCAUUGCUUGCGACUCUCACAAUUUAUGCAAACUCGGGUCUAAACAAAAGUUUUGUUUCAUCUGUAAGGAGCAGAGAGCAAAUGAAAAUAAAACAAAUCUGGUUCGUUCUUUCAGGGUACUUCUCAAUUCAAUUAUAAGAAAAGUCUUGUUCACUCGACAAAAAGCGAUUUGUUUACUGG